AAACACUGAACCAGGAAGAUCAGAGAUCAGCAUUGGCUGUGUGGGGAAACAGAAAUUGUCAGAUCGAAACACCUAUCUACAGUGGAUGCUUCGCUUGACCAGCAGAUAGCGGCGGAACAAAACUAUUGGAAGGAGGUCUUGAGGCGUGUAGUAGCUGUUGUCAAGUUUUUGGGAGAGAGGGGGAUUCCAUUUCAAAGGCAUGACAACAUACUAGGAUCACCACUGGGUUUGCUUGAACUGAUAGCUGAGUUUAACCCCUUUUUACAAGAACAUAUCAAAAAGCAUGGACAGAAGGAUAAAGCAGAGGUAAAUACACAAUCUACAACACUAUGGACUUGGAUUUUUUCACAGAUGAGCAGUUGUUUGACUUUUUCUGUGAAAACAAGACAAACCUAACUACAAUUAAAGACCCACUGAUGCUUCUCCGCCACCUCAAGGACAAUAAAGUCAUUACAGAAAGGCUUUAUGAAGCCAGUCUCAUAAAGGAAACAUCACUUGAGAAACUUCUUGAGAACACUGAUGAGUGUAUCUACGAAGUGUUGGAGUCUAUCCAAAAAAAUGGAAUGAAGCAUGUUAGAAGGUUUUGGAAUUGUGUGAAUCAGAACCAUAUCUUACUCAGAUACCGCCUGCUCUCCAAACUGACUGAAGAGCUGAGGAAUUCGCUUGAGAGACAUUCUUUGAGAAACACUGUAGAGCGAUCAAAGCAACAAGAGGCUGGAAAAAAAAGAGAGAUUAAAAAAUGGAGGACAGAGAGCAACUGUGCAAGUAACCAAGCUGGACCAUCAUCACAAAGCAAUAACAGCCAGAGGAAGACAUCUGAACAUGUGAAGAGAGCUCUUGAUAGUAAUUUGUUGGGGAAGAAUAAGAAUGGAGAGAGAUCAAAGGAACAAAAUGCUGGAAAAGACAGAUAUUUAAAAAAAAGGAGAACAGAGAGCAACUGUGAGAGUAACCAAGCUGGACCAUCAACACAAAGCACUUACAGCCAGACGAAGACAACUGAACAUGUGGAGAGAGAGGGACAAAAGAAUCUCUGGGACAUGCCUGAACAUAAGCAUUGGCUUCCUGUCACAUGUGGUGAGGAAAAGGCCUCUCUGAACAGAGAUGCACUGUUUGAAAGAAAGCGGGAAUGCAUUAAACAUCGUGGAAUAUUAAUCACCCCGUAUGUAUUCGAGAGGCUGGGUGGGAAAGGAUCAUGCAAGAACUGGAAGACCAGCAUAUUAUGCCAAGGCAUAACCCUCAAUAAUCUAAUAGAGAGGGGUGAAUUGAAGAUACCACACUGUGAGGGAAAGUUUACUCUUCGUAAAUGAUGACCUUCCAUAACACUGUCAUCCAUAAUUUAUUCAGCAUUUCCAAAGCUUCAACAUUUUGACCUAUGCAUGUUAAUAAUAAAUUUGUGACUGUUUUUUUAAAAAAAAGCCAGAAGUAUUCUUAUACAUACAUAAUAAAGGUAUCUGUUUUAAAUCA